GCGCUUGGUUUUCUUCACCACAGUCACAACGAUGUGAGGAAAAUGUUUUUUGUUGUUUGGAAAGUUUCUGAAGUUGUCCAUAAUAAUUGCUUUUGAUAUGGAAACAACACUGAAUGAGUAAUAUUAUUUGGGAUUAUUAUAUGCGUGGUAUAUUUCCGAAAACAACGCUGCUGACAACAGCUGAUAUAUGAAGUGAUACAGGUUCAGAGAUAUGUGAGUCUUUAUGAAUGCCCAGCAUGACACAGAAGAUCCUUUCUUUGUUGGAAGUCAUUGUUGCAGCCUUGUGCCUAUUCAGUCUAACAAAUGCCACUGAGGUUAUUGUGCGUGCCAAGAAAGGGGGCACUGCUGUGUUGAUGUGCAGUUUACCUGCCCCUGACCAGGGCAGCGCAGCCCCGCAGCACGUCAUAGAGUGGGUGCGUCAGGACUAUGAUAUUGCCAUCCUCAUCCAGUUUGGAGUGCACGACCCUCGUGUGCAUCCCAACUAUGACGGCCGAGUGUCGCUCAUCGAGGGUACAUCACUGCAGGUAAGGGGGCUUCGCCUGGAGGAUGAGGGCUUGUAUGAGUGCCGAAUUCUUCCCCUGGACAAAACGACAGAUGAAACUGAAAGCAGUGGAAGCUGGACUCUACUCUCCGUCACAGCACCACCUAUGUUUACUGAAACCCCAACUCCUGUCAUGGAAGUAUUUGUGGGUAGAUCACUAACACUGAGGUGUGUUGCCCGUGGAAACCCACGGCCCAUAAUUACCUGGACUAAAGAUGGAGCGCCAAUCAAACCUCAAAACAAAUUGAAGUUCAUGAACGGAAGUCUAACUUUCCAUGCUGUACGCAGAGAAACAUCUGGCCAGUAUCAGUGUCAGGCCUUCAAUAAAGAAGGAAAUGUAACUCACAUCACAAAGCUCAGAGUCAUUGGCCCCCCGGUGAUCAUAAUUCCUCCAACGGACACUGUUCUCAACAUGUCACAGGAUGCCAAGCUGAAGUGCCAGGCAGAGGCUGACCCACCCAACAUGACUUAUGUGUGGCAAAGAGAAGGAGAAGACAUUUACCACAUUGAGUCUCUGAAGUCUCGUAUAAAGGUCAUAGUGGACGGCACACUCCUCAUAUCAUGCUUGACUCCAGGGGACUCCGGAAAUUACACUUGCACACCCACUAAUGGACUUCCUGUGUCCCCUUCUGCCUCAGCUGUCCUUACUGUGCAGUACCCUGCUCAGGUGAUUCAGAUGCCCAAGCUGACCUUCCUCCCGACAGAUAUGAAAGGCAUCAUUUCCUGCCCUGUCAGAGCUGAACCUCCACUAUCACGUGUUGACUGGAUCAAAGAUGGAAAUCCACUGGAUUUAGACAUAUAUCCUGGAUGGACACUGACCUCAGAAGGCUCUAUCAUUAUAACAACUGCCAAUGAUGAUGCUGCAGGUGUAUACACGUGUACUCCAUACAACAUCUUUGGGACAAUGGGCCAGUCUGAGCCCACCACCGUUAUACUAAAGGAUCCUCCAUCAUUUAAAAUGUCACCUCGUAAGGAAUACAGACAGGAAGUGGGGAGGAUGCUUGUCAUACCCUGUCAGAUGAAUGGUAAUCCGUCUCCAAAAGUCAACUGGAAAAAGUUUGGCGCAGCCUCUCACUCGCUGUUUACUCGUGCGGUGAAUGGCUCUCUCAUUCUGCACCCUCUUAAUAAAGACCACCAGGGGGAGUGGGAGUGCAGCUCCACCAACCAAGUGGCUACUGUCUCUGCCAGAACAACAGUGCUUGUGCUGGGUACAAGUCCUCAUGCAGUGUCCUCAGUGUCUGUGAUCCCAGGAAUGAACCAGGCCAAUGUGUCCUGGGAAGCUGGUUUUGAUGGAGGAUAUACCCAGAAGUUCACUGUGUGGUUUAAGCAGACGUCAGCAGUAAAGACAGAUGAAAAACAGGAGUGGUUGUCUUUUCCAAUCCUGUCCACUGAGAACAAUUUGUUGGUCACUAAUUUACUUCCUGCCACUGAGUACCAGUUCAGUGUCAUGGCCCAAAAUAAAGUUGGCACUGGGCCCUUCAGUGAGAUCAUCACAAUCACAACACUGGAUGCACUUCCUGUUGUGAGCAAGCUGGAACCACCUACAGGUCUCUCAAUCAAUCAGAGCUCAGAGGGAAUUCUUUUGUCGUGGUCAUUGCCCCAGUCCAAGUCUCCACCCAUUGACAGUUUUGUUGUCCAAUCACGUCUUGAAGGGCAGGAAUGGCUUAAUCUGAAAGAACACAUUAGCCCAACCAAGAAUCAAUUCUUUCAUGGGGGGUUGUGUAAGGACUGCAAGUAUGAACUUAGGCUUCUGUCUCGGCAUGGAGAUGAACUUAGCAUUCCCAGUCCAUCGAUCAGUGUCUCCACCAUCGGAAUGGGCAUGCCCCCAGCUAGCCCCCACCUCCUGGAGUUUCCUGAUCAGCUAAUAGCUGGUGUCAUGGGUGGAGUGAUACUGCUGUGCCUCACCCUUAUCCUAGCCAUGGCAAUAGUUUGUUUCGUAUUUCACAGAAGGGGCCAAAGGCGCAGACAGAAUAUAAAGGAUCUCCCUCCUGCAAUAAAUAAGAACCCACCUGUCAAAUCUGACCUAAGCAGCUUUGACAACACCUUGAAACAACAGCUCCUACCAGAUCAUCCACUCUCUAACACUUCCUCUUCUUCCGAUCACUCCUCCCUUGACAAGUCUAUUCGCAGUGAUUUUCAAGGUCAGCAACAACAUCUUCUGCCCCAAGCUAACCCUCCAUCCCACCAUUCACUCAAUGAGAGCCACCUCCAAUGGGCAUCUCUUGCCCCUAUGAAUUCGGUUGAGUACAUCAACCGAGGGCCUGAUGGCUGCUUUGCUGUCCAGACUUGUGAAGACAUUGAUGUUACUAGUUCUAAAAUAAAACGGAACCUGAGUCAAAACUCUCACCACUCGUCAGAUGGAAAUAGGAGCUUUGCAAUCCAGAAAACCCAGUCUUUGAGAUCCUACAGGGAUGAAAGAAAGCCACCAUUUGUCCUUUCUGUGGAUCUUCCACUUUACGGAUCAGAUAUUCCAUCUUCCAGCAGGACUCGAGUUAUGGCUAAACAUCUCUCAUUAAAUGGCCAUUACAUGCCUAUUCAUGAGCAAGAAUUCUUGAAUGGACAAGACCAGAAAAGUAUUUGUUCAGAUAGCAGUGGCUCUUUUCUCUAUCCCGAUUCAGAAAUGACUUUGGGUCGCCAAUCCCAGAAACGAGGUAACAGCCACUCUACAGCAAGUACCCUGGUUUUGCAGAUGGAGCAUGAGAGGGAACAAGGAAACUUGAGCCGUUGUUUGACUUUGGCACGUGAGAGAGAGGAGCUUGAACGGGAGUUGCGCAAGUACACUUUUGAACAAAAUCCAUCUAUGCAUGGAAAGAUAUCUGACAUAUAUGGAGAAAUGUAUCCAACACGAGAAACUUCAACACCUCAGAGCAACUAUCAAGCCAUGAGACAAAGCCUUUUAUUAGAGAAUACUACCAUUUUGAAGGGAAGAGCUGCCUCUUGCAUUCCAUGGGAAGCAAGGCACAGGAUUUCUUCUGCCAGCUUGGUGCCUUUACAUACCUCCUACGGAAAGGACAACAAAUAUAGCCUGAAUCCACAUGGUUAUCAUACAGUUCAGAGACCCAACCAAAGGUCUAGAAGUCUAGACAGAGGGGAACUCCAAAAAUCACACACAUGGGACCAUAGGAGUUGCAGAACGCCUGUUGAUUCAAAUCUUGCUAGAGUGAUAGGUGGGGCCUCAAUCUACAAAGUGGAAAAGACUCAUGUUGGUGUAGGACAUAGUCAGAAGAGAAUCGGUAGAAGUCAACAACAUUUUGACACAUAUACACAUUCAUCCUCUGACAAUCAGCAGGGGCGGACAAUUGACAGAAGCACCAGACAGAUGAAUCAGCCUGGUGACUAUUCGGAGAUAAGUGCGGAUGGUCCUGAUCUUGAGAGCCUGAGGUCUCCAUAUUCAAGGUCUAUAAUGGGCUCGAACCAAAGUUACGAGACUUUAGACUAUGACAGACAAAGAUUAUCAGAGCUUGAACAGAACAGAUCCUUAGAGCAAAAGUUAGAGUCCGGGAUUGCAGUUUCAAGGAGAAACCAGGAAAUGUUGAGCAGAACUGGGUCUCCAAGAGAUGUCUAUGGAAAAAUGCUUCAUAAGACAAAAAGUUUGGGGUCAAACACUUGGAAUCGAGACAAGAGCACCCAAAGUUUAUACUCUAAAACAAACAAGGAGCAGUUUUUGCCCCCUGAUGUCUGGAUUGACUCUCUGACACUUGGUCGAGAUUCUACAAUGUCCCCCUUUGCAAGCAGGCCUAACUCUGGGGCAGAAAAAACGAAAAGUAGUCCCAAUUUGAAAGCAGAUUCACUUGUACCUUCAGAAAGUAAAUUGCAAAACCUUAACUCUCAUGCCUCUAAAGCCUCUGGUGGCUCUACCAAUAACUCAGAGUCCCGCAAAAACCUAGCAUCAGGACAUCACGCUCAUACCACCUUGUCACCAGGGGGUUCAAGCUGGCCUUUGUCUUAUUGCCCUUCUCUGUCAGCCAUACCAUCUGGAAGCCAGAGCCAAAGCCAAGAUGACGAGAGAGAUGAACAAGAUGAAGAUGUGCAGGAGGUGGAUGUGGAAAUUAACCAAUACAGGAAGAAUUCAGAGACGGAAGGAAGUUAUAGGAGCUAUGCAAGCCAAAGCAGUGGCCGAGGCAGCAUGGAUGCCCCUACCAGCAGGCAGUUCUCUCUCAGCCCAUCUCUCACCAGCUCACCCGAGACCACACAGGACAGUGACAGAGAUGAGGCAACCCUACAAGAGCAUGAACUGCAAGAAAGACCUAGGAGAGCCUUUGUGGAUGAGAGCUAUGAGUGGAACUCUGCCUAUGUCCCUAUGCAUCCUGUGGGCCCCAAAGCUUCAAUAAGCAAUUCAGGACUACAUAGAGAACUCAUUAAUCAAGGAAAGCAAAGCAGAACAACUAAGCAUGACUACAGGCCAGAUUUAGACCUGAAACCAAAAGCUCCCGCUGCUCUAUUUCCUCACUGUGAGCAAGAAUCACUCCUUUCUCUGGAGAUUCAAAAGAGUUCCAUAGCAUUACCAAACCCAGAGCCUGACACCGUUCUCUUCUGAUUGCUGACAGGAGCUUUCCUCUACAGCUUACAAGUUAUCUUCAUAUUCUAAGCAUUAUCUUCUCCAGCAGAGAUGUUAGAUUGGAAACAACAUUGUUCCUCUCAACAUACAUCUGAAUGGUCAAGAUAAGAAGGGACACAGGAAGUCACCAUUCAAGCAGCAGAACAGAACCCAAAAACAAGCACUCCUCUCCCUAACUAAUGGAAAUGAUCUGAUGGGUGGACAAAACCACAACUGUCUUCUAAAAAGAUUGCAAUAAGCACUAGAGUUGCCAAUCAAAUGGUGAAUAAAUAAUAAAGGACAUUUUUCGGCACCCUGCUGUUGCUUUAGAAACCACAUUUAAAGGUAGACUAAAAGAUGUGAAGCAAAUUGGAGAUGCACUUGAAUGCCUCCAUGUAAUAUUUUACUGAAAAGUUUGAUUGAAGGACUGCUUUUCUUGACAAUCAUUGUUCCUCUUCAUCCAUUUAUACCUACCUCAUAUACCCCACCAUCCCAAUGACACAAUUCAUAUGAAUUCCACACACAAUUUUAACAGUACAAUGCCAUAGUUGUGGAGUAAAGGAUUGCAUUGAUCAGUUUGUUGUCAUGCACCAUCUUGUACUUGAUAAGACUGGCAAUUGAAGUGUUAACCCUUUCAAAGAAAUAACCUCACUCCAUAACCUUUAGUCACCUGUUACUUUAUGGUUAAAGUUUCCACCAUUUUCAUUUCUCUGAUGGUGUGUGGGUUUGUUUAUUUUGACAAUUCAUCGUAAACAUAUGUUUUUAUUUCCAGUGUCCAAUAAUAUGUUUGAGCCAUUUAAUGAGAAAUCAAGUGUAAAACCAGUGUGAUUAUUUGCAUCAGUGUCCUUUUUAGGCAGAAUCUAAUAAACUGAUGAUUCUUGUAAUUCCAAGUGCGACUAGAAGGAAAUUAUUAAAAUUCACUGCAGGUCACAGCUGUUAAUUACAUAUCACAGUGCGCUACAGUCUGGUCCUUUUGCUUACACUGAAUAUAAAAGUUAUUUUAACAUUAAUUGAGCUUUAAAGUUGUAAACUAUUAUACAGUUAAAGUGAACAUUUCAGUUCAGACUCGCUUUUCAUUUGAUUAUUUAAAACACACAUUUCCAUAUGAUAAAUUCUACUUUUUGCAGUAUAUAGCCUAUUUCUUUCAUUGGUUCUGAGAGUUAAAAGCACAUGAUAUUUAUAAAUGCUCUAUGACAGAAAUUACAUUCCUCCUUCUGAAAUAUGUCUGUAGCUAUUGCCGACCAGGCAAUUAAUUGAAUAUAUCUAAUUCUUUGCAAAUACUGAAUGUCUUUAUGUAAUUACAUGUCAUCUUUUAAAAAUUAAGUUGAUGUGCAUUUAAAACAAGGUUUUAAUAAAAAAAAAUGUAUAAGUUGAAAUUGAGAAUUGGUUUAUGCAUUGUUUUUGACCCAAUACCUUUGUUUUUUUACGUGUAGUAGCUAUUUCAUGUAUAGUGGAUUUAUAUACUGAUUUAAGGCAACAAUACGUUGAUUUGUGUUUGUGUACAGAUACUGCUAAGACAGAAAGAGCUGAGGUGCUCUUUAUCCACUAGGAUGUGCUGUGCUUUCACAAAUUAUCUUUUUUUUUUUCCUGAGGUAAGCGUUGCAAUUAUUUUUUUGGUAUUAUUAUUGUACACCUUUUCAUGCUAAAAUAAGCCCCUGAAGGAUAUUCUGACAUUUUCUGAAAGGAGUCGUGGAACAAUUGCCAUUUUCUGACCACAGCGUUUCAAGUGAACGUAGUGAUCUGUGGGAGACAUAUCAAUCCCUUUUUUUCUGUCAAGCAGCAAAAUAUGCACUUCUCCCCACAUUUCAUUUCUGACUUUCACAGAGAACUCUUUUAGUGAUUGGAAUGUGAAAUCCUGACAGGUUACAGAUGGACACAUUAGCGUGUGAGCUGAACAUAUGGAGCCCAGACUCCAUCAUUAUCUGUGGCUCCCAGCACUGCCACAUGCUACAUUACUCACAGUUGAGGUGAAAGGCAAGAGCUGUGUCAAAAUAAGCAUCCAUACUGUAUUUCCCUGAUACGUUUUGUUGGUUUUCCACUUUUUUGAGUUGUCCUCUUUCCAAAUUCAGUGUAAUAUUGCAACGUUAAUUAAUGCAUGUUCUGUAACUGGACUUGUAACUAACAAUGGCAACAUAAAUAA